CCAAAUAAAAAUGUGGAUUUCCUUUUCAUCAGUGUUAGAAUGAGAAAACUCAAAGCAAGACAUUUUGAAAGUGGCAGCUUGGCAACGACGGAAUCCAUCAUCCAUCCAGAAUCUUUUCUCCUGGGACUGUUCUUUUACGCGUAGGGUUCUUCUGUCUGGCGCCAAGAAACUUCCUUUUCCUUAACAUCAUCAACUCUCUCUCAUUCCUUCUUUUUACUAUAAGUCUUUGCUUUUGGUCUCUUUUUUACCAUUUAUGACACACGUUCUUCACACAGAAAAAAAAAAAAAAAAAUUGUCGCAAUCAACAUAUCAUGGUCAACAACGCCAAAAGUUGUCCCGUUUGAGUUCCUUAUCUUGGAUCCUGCAAGAAGCAAAGACCCUUUUCUUGAAUCUUUAUUUGGAGCUCUGGUUUCUGUUUCUUUGCACUUGCAGGGUGGUUUAGUGAUUUUGAUGCUUCAACACCUACCCAAGUUUUUGUUUUUGUUUGGAGUUGCGUUUUUGAUCGAUUCUUGUGGUGGGGUUUGGCUGGACUUGAUCUGAUUCGACAAAAAGGUGUAAGCUUUGGAUUGGGGCAACGUUCUUUUGGGGUUUUAUUUUGUUCUUUUUGUUUGAUCUUGAAGUUUUGAUUUUUGGUGCAAACCCUUGGUUGGUCUUGCGGGAUGCAACUCUGAAAGGUACUGGUUUUGGUGUUAUGAGAAGCAAUUGAAGUGGGUUGGAGGUGAAUAGUGAAAAGAAAGUUUUUUUUUCCUGAUGGGUGUUUGUAGGUGAUGAAGGGAUUGAAUGGGGUUUAGGCCUUUGGUGAAAUGAGAAGCAUAUCAAGCACUUGGAAUGGGGAUUCAAAAAUAUAUGGUUAACAUAAAGGUUAGGUUUGCGGUUCUUUUGGUUCUUCUUCUUGUAGCAGCAGUCAGCCCUUCGGAAAAGAAGCAAACAGAAGAUGAUUUGGUUAGGGAGUUACUUGAUCCAGCAUCUGGAUUGUUAGAUGAGCAUACGGAAUUGUCCGGCAGCACCAAUAUAAUCAGUUCUGAGAAUCAACCAAUAUCACAGCCUGCACAGGAAGAAAUACAAAAAAUUAUCAAGUCUUACUGUUCUCAAUUCAAGGAGAACUUUCUUCACUGUUUGAGAAAAAAUAAUCGUCCAUAUCCUGUCUCAAGAAAAGAGGAUGAUUCCAAGAUUUGGCAUGUCACUUAUAUGGGACCACUUUUUUCCCGAUCCAGUGAUCCUGAAAGAAAAUUUGGUCGUAUUUUGCUCCAGCACAUAUCAGAACCGCCUAGUCCAGGCCCUGCAGUUGGAUCACCUUCACCCAGUUUAACACCAUCUCCUGAACCCAGUCUAGCACCAUCAUCUGAACCUAGUCUGGCCCCAUCACCCUUUGCUCCAACGCCUCUAGUUCAUAGACCUCUGCAUAAUUCUUUGCCACCAACAUCAUUUUUCCCAAAAUUGACACCACCAGCAGCUUCAGAAAUUUCUGCUCCUCCACCUUCUGACAUUAACAAACAGGAAGAGAAGCAUAGUAAUAAAAAAACAGUUGUUCUCGCUGUAGUUAUAACUGCAUUAGUGACAUUUAUAGCUGCAGCAGUGCUCUUUUUAUGCUGUACUCGGUAUCGUAAGACUGGCCAUGUUAGACUAAAUGAUGAUAGACCUCUUCUCAGCUUGAGCAUGAGUGACUACUCUGUUGGUCCUUCCAGUUAUUCUUUUGGAAAUUCAAUGAAAGGGGAGAAAGUUGGGUUUCAGUCAUCAAGUAAUAGUUUAGUAGACAAUAAGAAGUACUCAGUGCAGGAAAGUCAAUCAAUAGGAGCUCUUAAUGCUGCUGCGGGAUCACCAUUUGAACUGAAACCUCCUCUCGGGAGGGUUCCCACCAUCCCUUCUGGAAUGCCUCCUUUAAAACCUCCUCCAGGCAGGCUAAACCCUCUUCCUCCUGAGCCACCUUCAUUUAGGCCUUCUGGUGAUGCUGCUCCAGCUGCUACUGCCGCUGUUGCUGCAGCUUCUCCUGCCCCUCAACAGCCUGCUAUUAGUAGCACUCCACCACCACCCCGACCACCAGCUGGUGCCAAACCUGGCCCACCCCUACCACUACUGCCAGCACUAGCUGGUGCCAGACCUGGUCCUCCUCCACCACCUCCAGCCUCAGUUGGUGCCAAACCUGGUCCUCCACCACCACCCCCAGGACCAGCUGGUGCCAAACCUGGUCCACCUCCUCCACCACCCCCAGCUGGUGCCAAACCUGGUUCUCGUCCACCACCACCUCCUCCUAUGAGUGGUGUGGCUCCUCCUCGACCUCCGCCCCCGUUUGGUUCAAAGGUGCAACGUCCCUUAGCUAGUGGAUCAAAAGCUACAGUUGAAGCUGGAGUAGAAGGUGAAGCUGAUGCUCCCAAAGCCAAGCUAAAGCCCUUCUUCUGGGAUAAGGUUCAAGCAAACCCAGAUCAAUCAAUGGUUUGGAAUCAAAUCAAAUCAGGAUCAUUCCAGUUUAACGAAGAGAUGAUAGAGACGCUUUUUGGCUAUAAUGCCGUGGAUAAGAACAAUGGUCAAAAACAGAAACAGUCUUCCUCCCAAGAUCCUUCACCACUGUUUAUCCAGAUCAUUGACAAAAAGAAAGCACAAAAUUUAUUGAUUCUGUUGCGAGCAUUGAAUGUGACAAUGGAAGAAGUUUGUGAUGCACUUUAUGAAGGACAUGAGCUUCCCCCGGAAUUCCUUCAAACCUUGCUGAAGAUGGCACCGACAUCAGAUGAAGAACUUAAGCUUAGACUUUUUAGUGGUGAUCUAUCUCAACUUGGACCUGCUGACCGUUUCCUGAAAGCCAUGGUUGACAUUCCAUUUGCAUUUAAGCGAAUGGAAUUUCUGCUUUUCAUGGGCUCACUUAAAGAGGAGCUUGCAACCAUUAUGGAGUCUUUUGCCAUUUUAGAGGUUGCUUGUAAGGAACUAAGAAACAGCCGGCUGUUCCUCAAGCUUCUUGAAGCUGUUCUCAAAACUGGCAACCGAAUGAAUGAUGGAACAUUCCGUGGUGGUGCACAAGCAUUUAAACUUGAUACACUUCUGAAAUUAUCCGAUGUAAAAGGAACAGAUGGCAAGACUACACUCUUACAUUUUGUUGUUCUAGAGAUUAUCCGCUCCGAGGGCAUAAAAGCCAUCCGAAAGGCAAAAGAGAGCCAGAGCUCGUCUAGUAUUAAAUCAGAUGGCCUUCCUGAUAGUACCCAAGAAACAGAAGAUCACUACCAUGAAAUUGGUCUUCAGGUGGUUUCACGCUUGAGCAGUGAACUUGAGAAUGUGAAAAAAGCAGCAGUUAUAGAUGCUGACAGCUUAACAGGAACCACUGCCAAACUUGGCUAUGGUCUCAUAAAAACACGAGACUUGGUAACAAAAACCAUGAAGAAUGUGGAGGAAGAUAGGGGCUUUUGUGAGACGGUGAAAAGUUUUGUGCAGAAUGCUGAGGCUGAUGUUACAAAGCUGCUGGAAGAGGAGAAGAAAAUAAUGACUUUGGUGAAGAGCACUGGUGAUUAUUUCCAUGGGAAUGCUGGGAAGGAUGACGGCAUAAGGUUGUUCAUAGUAGUACGAGACUUCUUAAUAAUGGUGGAUAAGGUAUGCAAGGAGGUGAGAGAUACACGGAAGAAGCUGGCAAAAACUCUAAAACAAGAGACUCCUAGAGGAGCAUCUUCAUCUGAAACACGUCCACCACCUGAUUUUCAUCAGCGGCUUUUUCCAGCAAUUGCUGAAAGGAGGAUGGAUGACAUUAGUUCAGACGACGAGAGUCCAUAGAUUCAAAUUGAAAGUGAGCGAUGGUUACAUAUGUAUUUUCAUGAAUGGAUGGAAGUGGCAUGAGUUCUACACUUCUCAAACUAAAAUGUCAUGUACAGACCUGGCUGGAGCUAUCAUGAAUCAAUUCUUAUUGCUUCCUCUCAUCAUUGUUGUGCCCCCCAUUGGGAAUUAGCUUCAUAGUUUGAGACAGCCACUUCUGGAACUAUAGUUGUGUAGGGUUUUGAUUUUUUGUUUUUCAUGAUUCUUUAUUCAAUUUGAUAUGUUAGUGCAUUUAUUUAAUUGAAUGUUGCAGGAUGUAGCAUGACACUUUUUGUUUUUUUAAUGAACAUAGAAUGCAUUUUUAGACAUCUAGGAAAAGGAUUCAUCUUUUGUUAA